AUGAAUAAUUAUAAUUCUGAUUAUAUUGUUUAUGAUCGAUUUCAAUCAUUGCCAUUUUCAAUGCGAGAACGAAGUUUGUCACCAGAUAGUUUAGAACGAAAUAAAACAAUUACAGCAGGUGUACAUAGAUACGAUGCAACAAGUGCUGAUGAAGAUUCAUUAGAUGAAAAUGAUCUUGAUCAUUGUGUUAGUAAUAGAUAUUCAAGAAAAUCAAGUCAUGUUCGAGAUACAUUAAAAACAUUAUCAUCAAGAGGUUUAAUUGGAAAUUAUCAAACAUCAAUAAAAACAACAAAUUAUUCUAAAAAUAAUUAUCAACAAUCAUCUACAAUUGAUUGGGAUUUUAAUGAUGAAAUAAGUGUUGAUUCAAUUCAUGUUGAUAAUGAUGAUUUAUCAGAUGAAGGAGAUUGUAUAAAUGGAAAUAUUGAUUCUGGUUAUGAUCUAUUAGAUGGUUAUGAUGAAGAUGAAGAUUUUCAAUUUGUUUCUACAACAACUGUAACUUCCAAUUUAAAAAAAUCAUCAAUAACUUGUAGACGUUUAAAUUAUCUUGAUACAAUAUCGGAGGCAGCUAGUGAAGAAGAAAGACGAGCAGCGAAAUCAUUAAGAUAUCAACGUAAUGGAACAGUAUCAAUAAGUGCAUCAACAUCUUCAACAACAGUAGACGAUGAACUAUCAACAUUGAGUGAUGCAUCAAUAUCAAUGGAUUGUGGAGAACAAGAAUCAGUACCUGUUAAACAAGCAAUUAACGUUUUAAAUGAAUUAUUAAAUUCAUGUAAAAACAAUACGAUAAUGAAUAAAUUAUCUUCAUCUAAUAACGAAAUAAUCAAACAAUUAAAUGAAGAACCAAUAUGUAAAAAACGACGUUUUAUAGAAAAUCAUAUAUUAUUGAAUAACAAUUCAUCAUUAAUGAAAAAUGAAAGUAGACAAAUUUUUGAGAAUGAAAUGGGCUAUCGAAUGUUUUUUAAUACAUCAGCUGAGCCAGGUGAUACAUUGGAAAGAUUGAGAAAUAUAACAAAAAUGUUCAAUAAACCAGAUGAUGAAAAUGAUGUACCAGAAUUACAAAAAAUUGAACGACAACCACCAUCGGAAAAAUUGAAGGAUACAUUUAAAAAGUUUGAAGAGCGUGCUUCGAAUGGUCAUAUUGAAAAUGGGAAUGAAGAAGAGGAAGAAGAUGAUAGAAAUGAUGGAACCAUUGUACGAAAUAAAAAAAAACAUCUCAAAGAACAUAUCCCCUACCAUGAUAUGGCCGAUGUUAAAGACAAAUUCGAGAAAGGUAUAGAGAAGCCUAGAAUUGAAAAACGUCUCGAUUUUCGUGUACAAAGCGGUAUAACAUCAACAAAAAAACAACAAUUUGAACAUGGUGAAUUUGAACAAGAGACUGAACCACAUGUAUCAAAAGUUGUUGUUGAUACCGAUCUUCUUUCGGGAGCUACAAGUGAAAGACGCGAACGAUUUGAAAAGGGUGAUCUAGAAAAUCGAGUAGAAAAGACAACAACUACCGUCGACAUUCCUUUACAAUCGGGUGUGGCUAGUGAGAAAAAGGCAAAAUUUGAACGUGGUGAUUUUGAUGAUCAUGAACACGUACAAAAGCAACAAGUUGAACAGAUACCAUCAGGAAUGGCUACGGAGAAAAAGCAAAAAUUUGAAAGUGGUCAAGUUGGCAAUGAUCUGACAUUGAUGAAUCAACGUGAAAAUCUGGCAAAAUCUACCAUUGAGCCCGGUAUUGCUCAAGCAAAACGUGAUGAAUUUAUGUCAAAGAUAUCGUCAGACACUAUUCAAUGGACGAGUGAUAAAUAUAUUAAUAUCGAUACGUUAGAACAUGGAUCAGCCACAUCGAAGAGAAAAGAAUUCGAAUCAUUGGCCACAUCCGAAUUUAAAGCAACAGAUAAAACAAAAAUAGAAGUUCAACCCGGUUUAGCCAGUAAUAUUAAAGAACAGUAUUUAUCAACAGUGACAACCGAUUCAACAAUAAAUAGAGAUAAAGAUCAACAAAUAUCACCUCAGAUCAUUGUGGCCAGUGGACUGACCAAAGAACGCGCAAAUGUUUUUGAAAAUCCAGAUAGUGAUACAGUAGUAAAACGAACAGUUGAAAUUGACAACGAUUUAGUAUCAAGUGGUGUAGCCAAAGAACGUAUGGCAAUGUUUAAAAAUUUAGAAAAUGGUACAAAUGGAAAACGUGGUCAUUCACCACCAUCAGCGGGUGAUUCAAAAUUAAGGGUGGAUGUAAGUAUUCAUUUUAAUAAUUUAUUUUGUCGCUAGUUUCAACGCGACCGACUAAUUAUAGGAAUUCAAAUGGCAUGUUAGCGUUUGCCAUCCAUUAAAUUCUUCUACCUUGAGAAGAAAAUCUCAUAUCGUAAGAUUUCAUUCAUAAUUAUGAUUAACACAAUAUCACAAUAUAGUAGAUAUUAGGUUGGGGAUCAAUUUUAAUUUUUGUAGAUUCUUUCUUCUUUUCAAAAAAUAUUAAUUUUCAUUUAUUACUAACACAUCUACACGAUCAGAGCACGAUAUACAUACACUCUAAAAAUAAUAAUGCUCAAUUCUCACUUUUCAUCAACUUUAACUUACGAGCGAAUCUCUUGAGGUUAUAAAUCGCUUUUGGACUCGGACUACUUGUAUCUUGUAGACCUCAGUGAGUAGUGAAAUAUCCUAAGUUGGUUCAUCCCCAUGGUGCUUUGUUGCUGAGAUAUUGAAUUUUUAGUCAGUUUUUGCCUAUAGAGCUUGGAUUUCGAGCAAAAUCCAACUUUCGAAUUUUGACUUCCCACACUGGUAGCCCAUGGUCAUAGUAGUACGAUGGGAAAAAAUUCGAUCCUAAUGAAUUUUCCUGCCUUGAGAUAUUGAGACUCGAACAUCUGACCCUCACCCUCACCUUCAGGUGAAAUAUUCGAGUCUCAAUAU